GGUCAUACGCUGUGUUUAGAAGGUGACAUUUUGUUAUCGGUCUCCUCAGACUCAACAUCACUGGGAAAGUCAAACAGUGAUUGGAAAAUAAAGUCACUAUGGCUUCUCUCGGGAGGGCUUAUGGUGUCCUCCGAGGUGGCAUGCAACUUGUUCGACGAGGGCCACAGAGAAUAGUCGUCAGAAGGGCAGGCGGCGGCCCGCACAUCGAGCCCCAGUACAGGAUGCCCCCCCAAACGACCAAACACCAGGUCUUCCAUUCGGAGCUGCUGUCCAGCGCUAUGUGGUUCUGGAUCUUGUGGCACAUGUGGCAUGAUUCAGAUGCAGUACUGGGCCACUUCCCAUGGCCAGAUACCAGCGAAUGGACCGAUGAGCAGCUCGGCAUCCCUGCUGAUGAUGCAGAGCCUGCUGAGGAGGAGGAGGACGAUGAUUAAAAAUCCCCCUGUAUUUAUGAAGCUGACCUCCAGGUUCCCCAUUCCACUCUGAAGACCGAUCUGCAUCGGUGACCCUGAUGUCAGUGUUGUAAAUAGAUUGUCAUGAAAGCCUGAUUUCUCGUCGUCCACAAACUUCCCUCAGACAAAACCUGAACAUGUUGAAAAACAUUUGAUGUGAUGAAAGAAACGGCUGACGAGCAUAAUGUUGUUUUCACUUAAUAAACAGAUUUAUUUGCCACUUGAAA